AUGAACGGUGACACCUAUUCCUCCAGAGUGACAAUUCUGGCUUUCAUCUGGCUGCGACUAACCAAUUCCAGCGUGACGAGCGACGUGACCGAGAACGAGGUGACAGAGGAGAUCGGGCUGAGCGAGGAGGAGGAGAGCGACGACGCUCGCGUUCUCCUCACUUCGGUUCGCGUGGCGCGCGACGUGAACCAGAGGCCAAUUCAUACUCUUCGAGCCGUGACUACCGUGCCCGAGAGCGAGAGGACCGCUAUUCCGGCCGCCGAGAAGACCGUGAAUGGGACCGAGGUGACCGAGGUGAUCGUGGUGACCGCGGGGAUCGGGGAGAUCGUGGAGAGCGUGGUGAUCGCCGCCGACGCGAUUUCGAUGACAGACCUCGACGAGACCUAUUUGACGAACGACCCCGACGUGGCGGCCGUGAUGAUCGCCGAGACCGCGGAGACCAGGAUCGUGGUGAAGAAAGAACCCACCCCAGAUCUGACGGAUGUGUUGUCCGUCUUGGAGCGUAAGCGUCGCCUGACACAGUGGGACAUCAAGCCUCCCGGUUAUGAGAACGUUACUGCUGAACAGGCUAAGCUAUCUGGCAUGUUCCCUCUGCCCGGAGCUCCUCGACAGCAGCCAAUGGAUCCCAGCCGCCUGCAGGCUUUCAUGAACCAGCCCGCGGGCGGUUCGGCCGAGACCACAGCUCUCAAGCCCUCCAACUCCCGUCAAUCAAAGCGCCUUUUCGUCUACAACAUUCCCGCUAGCGCAACUGGAGACAGCAUUGUGUCUUUCUUCAAUCUACAACUCAACGGCCUGAAUGUCGUUCACAGCGUCGACCCUUGUGUCUCUGCACAGGUGGCCGAUGACCAGACAUUUGCCCUUUUGGAGUUCAAGUCGCCCAAUGAUGCGACUGUUGCUCUGGCAUUUGAUGGAAUCACCAUGGCGGAAGGUGCCGAAAAGGGCCUCGAAAUCCGCCGCCCCAAGGACUACAUUGUUCCUAAUGGAAGCGCAGAGCAGGAAUACCAGGAGGGCGUGCUCCUCAACGAGGUACCGGAUUCACCCAAUAAGAUCUGCGUCUCCAACAUCCCCGCGUAUAUCCCCGAAGAGCCUGUCACCAUGCUGCUCAAGUCCUUUGGUGAACUCAAGUCCUUUGUCCUUGUCAAGGAUGCUUCGACUGAAGAGUCACGGGGUAUUGCAUUCUGCGAGUACGCUGACCCCACAGCGACCACCAUUGCUGUCGAAGGUCUAAACGGCAUGGAGCUCGGUGAUCGUCAUUUGAAGGUCGUCCGCGCUAGUAUCGGAACUACCCAGGCUGCUGGCCUCGACAUGGGUGUCAAUGCGAUGUCCAUGUUCGCCAAGACCACCUCCCAGGAUAUGGAGACGGGCCGUGUUCUUCAGCUGCUGAACAUGGUAACAGUAGACGAGCUCCUGGACAACGAGGACUACGAGGAGAUCCUGGAGGAUGUCCAUGAAGAGUGUGCUAAGUACGGCAAGGUCUUGAGCCUGAAAAUCCCUCGCCCUUCGGGUGGCAAUCGCCAGGCCGCAGGUGUCGGUAAAAUCUUCGUGAAAUUCGAAGCCAACGAGGCCGCCUCUAGUGCUCUGAAGGCGCUUGCUGGUCGGAAGUUCUCGGAUCGCACCGUUGUGGUAUCAUACUUUGGCGAGGAGAACUUUGAUGUCGACGCUUGGUGA